AAAACACACGCCGUAGACCGCGUCCAAUGCUUUAUCACAUGGUGUGUUGUGUAUGUGUGCGAAUUACAUAGCGUAUGUGGGACGUGUGUAACCGUUUUUCGUUACACUCGACAUACAAUGGAGGAUUUUCAACUAUUCCAAUGUCGAUUUCGUCCAUACUGCGUGGGAUAUUUCCGUUUCUGAUGAACCCUAUGGCUCCUGGGAACAUGAAAUCUGACUUUGUAGGACUCCAGCGCAGCAAGAUCGUCAGCAAGAGUGCCUUGUCACGCAAAGCCCUGGCUCGGAUCGCGCAGAACAACGAGGUGUCCUCGCCCGUCAACAUGGCGUUGUUGACGGGAGAGACCAGCCCCAGACACCCGUCGCUAACGGCCGGUGAUGCCGGCACAAAGAACUCCGAUCAUCCCACUGCGAUGGAUCAAGACCACGAACCCUCUAUUGACGAGGGUAAACUAGAAAAACACGAAGUGCAGCAUUUGAAGGCCUUGUCCAUGCUGCAUUUGGACGUGAUCGAGCAACAGCAGCAGGAAAUUCAAAGAAGGGAACACGAACUGCAGAAAGUGCGAGCGCAGAAUGACACGUUGAAAGCUCGUCUGGAGAGAAUUCAAAGACGAACGGUCUUGGCCCAGAAGCACCAAGAAUUACCCAACCAUGUACAUAUACCGGCACCAGUCUCUUCAAACGACUCAUCAUGUACUAACAAGAGGAAAAGCAGCAUAGAACCCACCACCCCCGUCAAACGCCAGCAGACAGAGUCCCCCACCCCGUCCCCGGCCGGCACGCCCACCAGCGCCCGGCGCAACAAGCAGCUCAGCAAGCUCCAAACCAAAGAACGCGGCCGGGGGCGGGACCGGUCCGGGCGGACAAAAGACGACAAAUCGGAACGGUUGCGGACUAAAGAGGACCGGUCGCAGAAGCGGGAAGAGCGGACCCCGAGGAAAGACACGCAGGGGUCAAAGGUCAGGGAGGAGAAGAGGAACGGAGGGGAGCAGGAGAGGGGCGGAGUUAAGGGGGAGCAGUACUUGAAGACGGAGGUCAUCUACCCGUGUCUUAGCGACCUACGAGUGACGGAUCCAGACCCUGCAUUGCCCGAAGGGCAGACAGUUGUUCAAGUUCCAUCUUGGAGGGUGAAUGUUCUAAGUAGUUCCGCCAGCACUGAAGCUGUCGAGGACAUCGAAGAAACAACCUUCGAGCGACGCCACCAGAAGUACGAGAUGGCGGAACAGAAGCGUAAGCGCUGGGACAUCCAGCGAGUCCGAGAGCUGAGGGAACACGAACGCCUGGAGCAGAAGAUGCUGCGCAGGGAGUACGGAAACUGGGACGACGUCUUGAAGACGUUCUACCCAGAACCCUCUGAUGCCUGCCAGCUACAGGUCUCCGAUACCAUUCCACUAGUGGCAUUUGGCGUCCAAGUGCCGGUCGCUAAAGACGGUGAAUUUGAGCUUCCAUGGUUUGAUGUCAAUGAACGUGAAAAGGAAGAGUCAAGGAGGCAGACUCGAAGUCGAACCAAUCGAAGAUGAGCUUAUAUCAGCACUGCAGCCUAUGAAUCACAGUACGCCAUCUCUGAUUGGAUGGUCAGCGUCUGAAACCCACCACCACCAUAACCAAUCACAAUCAGCUUUUCAUCAUGGUGGAUACAUAGCACAACACCUGUGAUUGGAUGAUGAUCCUUGCAUCAUUAAAUUCCAGCCAAUCAAUGGCCCAGAAAAUCUUAUUUUAAAAAGUACGUCAUGAUAAAAUCUUUCUGAAUUACUGCUAUUCUUGACAAUCAGAACACUUGAUCAAAUAUUAAAAACAAAGAGUUUUAGCAGCUGCAGUAUAUUCAAAAUAUGUGAAAAUUCAAAAAAUUACUUUCAAAAAAUGGUCGUAGAGAUUUUGUCAAUUCAGUACUGAAUGUAACUGCUGAUGUUCGAUAGCAGAACCAAAAGAUGGAUUUCUCACAAUUUAUUCUGAAAAUGUGACAUGUAAAUGACAUAAUUUUAAAAA